UGUCCUGUUUGUGGAGGACGGAGGCGUCGUGCCGCCCGUGUAGCUCGUCGACCCACCGGCUGCUGUCACCCUCUCUUCCAGUUCGAGGCCGAGUACCGGCGCUUCGCCCUGAGGAGGAACGGCGCCGGCGGCUUCCAGGAGUUCUACCGCCUCCUCCAGAACCUCCACCGCGUCCCCGGCACCGACGUGCUGCUGGGAUACGCGGACGUCCACGGCGACCUGCUGCCCAUCAACAACGACGACAACUUCCACAAGGCGGUGUCGGCGGCAAACCCACUGCUCCGCAUCAUCAUCACCAAGAGAGAGGGAGAACCCGUCGUUUUUGCCACCAACUCGCUGCAGCGGCGUAAAAAGGGGCUCGGCCUAACCGGACUGCGCACCUCCGUCUCCGGCUCCGCCCACUCAAAGAGCCGGCCGGGCCUCAUGAUCGGCCUGCCGCAGAACUUCCGGCAGAUCUCGUCCAUCAUCGACGUGGACAUCUUGCCCGAGACCCACCGGCGCGUGCGGCUCCACAAGCACGGCACCCACAAGCCGCUGGGCUUCUACAUCCGGGACGGCGUGAGCGUGCGCGUGACCCAACAGGGCGUGGAGAAGGUCCCGGGGGUCUUCAUAUCCCGCCUGGUACGCGGCGGGCUGGCAGAGAGCACGGGGCUGCUGGGGGUCAACGACGAGAUCCUCGAGGUCAACGGCAUCGACGUGGCGGGGAAGUCGCUGGACCAGGUCACGGACAUGAUGGUGGCCAACAGCCACAACCUCAUCGUCACCGUCAAGCCGGCCAACCAGAGGAACAACGUGCUGCAUCGCGCCAGCAAAACCUCAGUGGGAAACUCCGUGAGCUCAGCCGGGUCACAUGACUCCCCAAGCCCCGCCUCCCAGAGCAACCCGCUCACCGCCAGCAACAGCAUCGCCGAGGGCGACAGCGAUGACGACGACGGCGACGACGGCGACGGCGACCUCAUCCUGGAGAGCGACUGCCUGACGCCCUUUGACCCCCAUCUGGUAACCAACAGCAACAACGCCAACCUCAACAGAGACUCGUCCGGGCCGCGCGACCCGGCCGGAGCUCGGCCCCUCCCACACAGCGUCUCGUUGCCCAGUAGCGUAGCGGCGUCCCUGAGCGACAGCUCCGCGGCGCCGUCCAACCACAACGGAAAUCCCGCCCACGCGUCUCGUACCAGCCAGGAGACCAUGAGAGAGGACGGCAACGUCCUCACGCUGUAGCCACGGCAACGCCGACACGCCCCCCCCCCCCUCCCCCUGUGAUCACCGGGACCGCGAGGGGUUACGGCCGCACCGCGCGGUUACCAGGGCAACCGCCGAGCUUCACAGAAACAACAAUAUACAGUCGGCUGAAGGAGAUUUAAGGCGUCAGAUUGUUGCCACACGUUGGUUUGAUGUCACCGCGGCGAAGAAGACGCCUGCUCGCCUCGGCGCGUACGCGGUGAAACCUUCAGGGCGCCGACGCUUUGCCCGUUUUCCCGACGCCUGUUUGCCUCUGAUGGAGAUUUGAAUCAACACGAGCGACUUUUCUCUCUUCGUCCAUUUAAGUUCAGUCGCAAAGGAACGUGGACGGCGUUCACCGCCGCUUUAUUCUGUAUGGAAGGUUUCUUCAAAUCCCCGCGGACACCUGAAGGCAUCACCGCGGGGAGGACUGCAUUGAGCCAAUCAGAAGGCAGCAGUGAUGUAAUUAACUCAGGGUGUAUUAUUAAUCCCCCACACGCCCUAAUCUAUAUUAUUUAUACAAAUCACAGAGCUCUGCGCCGCGAGUCGCUCGCCGCAGGAACGUUUUACUUAAAUCUCAAAAAAUAUAUUCAAGACACUGAUUGACUUUAAUAUGAAACAAAAGGAAUUUGAUCAGAUCUGAAAUCCUUUUUUAAAUUAAGAUUUUUCUUCUCUUUGGAUCAUUCGUUGAAAAAUCACCUUGAUUUAUUUCAUCGGUUGGGUUUAAAAAAACAUCUUUUAAAUAUGUGUAAUUAAAGAGAAAUGAAGUUCCAUUCAGGCUGAUCAGUUCUAUGAAUAAAGCUUCUACCUGCUGGACAACACGCAAACACAACGGCCGUGAAUCGCAAACAUCGUGUCGCACUUUGGCUGAUUUACCGACUCAUUCUGAGAAAAGGGUUUAGAGGAAACGGAAAAAGUGUUUCAACGCCGGCACUCGUACAAAACACACUCCAAAUAACAGAAUAAAACUCCUGUUACUCCCA